GAACACACAGACUCAGUGACUUAAACAGACAAAACCUAUGAAGAUCCUCCGUUUUGUUGCUGUCCUGUCCUGCACCUGUCCUGUAAAACUGAUUAGACAAUCCGACGUCUGUUCACAUAGAGACAAGAGAAGAUAGAGACAAAAGAGAGAGAGAGAGAGAGACUGGCUUUUGUUUGAGCUUUUGUCCUAAAGGAGAAGGAGAGACAGAGAGGAUCCACACCCAUGCACAGAUGGACGAAAUAGUGUUUCCAGACCUUCAAGAGGAACCGUCAGGAGAACGAGGGACAGACGAAAGACAGGACUCCGAGGAAGCGGUGAAGGAUAGCGAGGAGUGGACGGCGAGUCUGGAGAGCAGGACGGAGAGCGAGAGACAGCUGGACGGAGGACAGGAGAGAUGGAGGGAUGAAGACGGUUCGCUGGCUGAUGAUGAAGAUGAUGGUGAUGAUAACGACGAUGAUGAUGAUGAUGAUGGACCUCGGAUGAGUUUCAGCCCUCUGGUGACAGUUGUGAGGAAAACGGCUGAAAAACAGACGGAGCGGUGUGAUGUCAGAGACGGUGAUGUCACCACACCCUGGGGAAACACCAAGCAGAGUCCUCAGAGCCGUAGUUCGUGCUGUGGUGAGUUGAUGCGCUCGGUCCUGUCCCUUGUAGCCGGUGCGGUGUUGUUUCCGCUCCUCGUGUGGGGGGGUCACGACCUCUUGCCGUUACACCUCCCCGAGGUCAGCGGCGCCCCCUCCAGGCUGGUGUACACACUGCGCUGUGCGCUCUUUGCCACCUUUCCCAUCAUACUCGGUGUGUUAGUACAUGGCAUUUCCCGUCUAAAGUUCAGUUCCCUGACCCCUCUGGUUGAGGGGAGGCGUGUGAGUCGUCACACACUCGUCCACAUCACCUUCGUCCACGACUCGCUCCGUCUCCUCCUGCUCUUCUUCCUGCAGCUCGCCGUCAUGGCAACCUACAUCCACCCCCCCGCCCUGAAACUCGUCCCGCUGCUCACCAUCGUCUUCGUCUUCGGCAGGUUGAUCUACUGGCCGAGUGUGUGUUUCAGCAGCAGCGUGCGUGCCCUAGGCUUCUCUCUCUCCUUCCUGCCCGUUCUCGCUCUGAUGGGAUUCAACCUCUACUCCAUCUGCUCCUCUACCGGAGACGGGGUGGUGUUUGAGGUAGCCCCGCCCACUACAGCCCCGCCCCCUAAACCCAGGUGGUGGGGUUGAACAGUAAUCGUGCUAAUCAAUAAAAACAACUCACUCUGAACUGCAGGGCAUUAUGGGUGAAACACACACACACACACACACACACUAGAACAGGGACGUGUUCUCCAGCGGUUCUCUCAUGUACAAAGCCCUUAAGACUGGACUUCCUGUGUCUUACCCCCACUUCCUGUUCACGCCCCCUGGAGUCGCUGCAGUGAUGAGUGUUUAAAUCUGUGAUCAAUUCUUUUAAUUCAGAAGUAAUUAGAUAGAUUUAAAAAAUAUUUAUUUAUUUAUUUAUUAAUCAGAUCUAAAAAUUUGUUUUAAAAAGGUUUUUUUUUACUUUAAAAUGUGUUUUAUUAAAACAUUAUUGAACUCUUCAUGUACUAUAUACAGGAUAUAACCAAAAAAACUGGAAAAA